AUGGAUGGCUACGCAAAGGUCGCAAAAUUGAUGGCAACUCAUGGCGAAUAUGCCAUAUUACGUCGCUUCAAAGCGCUGAACAUACAGAACCUCCUAUAUCUUCAGGCCGAAAUAACACAUCUGGAAACGGAGCUAGCCGAGUUGGCACACCGAGACUCUCGGCAUUUGGAUAGAGAAUACCACUCCAAAGACUGGUUUUCAUUGAGUCGGUGUACUUCCGACGAAGACAGGGAACAGUGGGAAAAGUUUGAGGGCCUGAGGAAGAAGCUGGAUGCCUUCAAUACUGCUCUGAUCAAGCAGCACCAUCUUUCGCAACUCUCAAAACCGCGAAAGUACGACCUCGACUUCCUUCGAGACUGGUUCGAACGACCAGGCAUGGGCUCUUUUCCUCUGCUUGGUCUUGAUCGUAAGUCCUGGGAAAGCCAGUACGAGAAUGAUCUGGUAGGACUCGUCGUUCGAACUGCGCCUGAUGCGUUUUCGGCAUGGUUCGCUGAACGUUUAGUCCCUGCACUCCAUCAUCUCAUUGGUGAGAGCUUUCAGAAGCCUAUACCCUCUGAGACGGUCGGCGCUGGGAUAUACAAUUAUUCUGAGCACAAGCUGGCGGUGGCUCUGCGGGUUAUUGCGACUGUUGUUGCCUCUCUAUUGCCACUCUGCUCAGUCAUUGCUCUGUACAUGGUACAGUCAAACAACCUGAGACUCGGACUGGUGGUUUUGUUCUCCGCUUGCUUCUCCCUAGCUCUGGCAACAAUGACAAACGCACGCACCAUCGAGAUCUUCGCAGCUACUGCGGCAUUUGCAGCAGUGAAUGUGGUAUUUCUAACGAACAGUACGGGCUGUACUCCUAUGGACACACAGUAG